CAAUCUAAAAGAUAGACUGAAUCAAUAACAUUAGUUGACAAAAAAAAAAGAAUACUGAAUCAAUAAAUGUUAGGAUAGACAAAAACACCGUUCAAAUUAAAGUGACAUAUAUUCAAAUAUUCUGCAAAAACCAAAGAUAUUAAUAUCAUUCAAAUUUUAACAUCCAUUUACAUUUAUAUAUAUAUAUAUAUAGAAGUUGAUACAGUCGUGCUACUCAGUUAAGAAACAAUCAAACCAAAACAGACAGUUUCACAUUGACAUUUGAGGGAAUGUAACGACAUACUGAGGGAAGAUAAUCAUAAAACAAACAUUUUAUCUAUAACUAGUCGACACUUGCAAUAUCAAACUUCAAAUGGAUAAUUUUUCUAUAGAAAUCAAAACAUAGUGUACUGUUUAUAAUUCAAGUACACCUUAAACAUGGCGCAUUGUGCGAGCACGAUUUGUUUAAAAAAAAUAAUAAUACUCUCAACCAUUUCAAACUACUUUUUCAAAUUUCCUAGGUUUACAGGACUUCUUCAGCGCCUAAACUCAUCUAUAAAUUCAUCUCAUUGUCUUUAUAUGUUUCUUACCUCUCAACUAAAACCAAACUACAAAAAGAAACACUUCUCUAAUUCCGGGAACCAUUUCACUUAAUAUAUGGCAAUGAAGAGUCUCUCCUUUCUUGCGAUUCUAUCUCUUCUGGCCUUAACACUUCCAUUAGUCAUUUCCUCUGACCCAAGCCCCCUUCAAGACUUUUGUAUUGGCGUCAACAACCCAGCAAAUGGCGUUUUUGUGAACGGAAAGUUUUGCAAGGACCCAAAGCUCGCGACGGCGGAUGACUUCUUUUUCGCAGGGCUUCACAAUGCAAGAGCAGUAACUAAUGCAGUCGGUUCAAAUGUGACAGCCGUCAAUGUUAACAACCUUCCAGGAUUAAACACCCUUGGAAUCUCUCUUGUCCGUAUAGACUAUGGAGUGCAAGGGCAGAACCCGCCUCAUACUCACCCACGUGCCACCGAGAUCCUGGUUCUCCAAGAAGGAACACUUUUUGUAGGUUUUGUCUCAUCAAAUGGAGACGGAAAUCGCCUCUUCACCAAAACACUGAAGCAAGGUGAUGUAUUUGUGUUUCCAGAAGGACUCAUCCAUUUCCAGUUUAACGUGGGGCGGUCUCCAGCGGUUGCAUUCGCUGCUUUGAGCAGCCAAAACCCGGGUGUUAUCACUAUUGCCAACACCGUGUUUGGGUCUAACCCACCUAUAAACCCGAAUGUUCUUGCUAGGGCUUUCCAGUUGGAUGCUAAGGUUGUCAUGGAUCUACAGAACAAGUUCUGAAUAUCAUCAUGAUUUAACAUUGUGUGUUUUGAAUUAUUUCAUUCCAUGUAUUCGUCUAAAUAAGGAUCGUGUAUUUGUCCGUUCAUUGUAAUGUAAUGCUACGUUGUUUGUUGGUUUUAUCUUCAACUUCCUCAAUGACCCAAUUGUUUUUAUUUCAUCAACAAUGAAUUUUGUAUUCGUGAUACAAUUUUCAAACGAAACAAUUAAUUUUGGUUUAGAUGAUUAAUGACAUAGUUACGAUGAAAAAACAAUGUUGUUAAACAAUAUAAUGUGUUAUAACAAACAAAACUAGAGAAACUAGAGUUUUACCUGUGAUUUCAAAGCGCGGAAAUAUCUUUUCGAUUACAGUUUUUAUUUAUUGACAUUUUGUAUUUGCAUUCCAUGUGUUGAAUGAUAUUUUUCUGAUCAAUAUUUGAGCUUGAACGUUUAUAGUUGAAAGUUUAAUAUUUUGACGUUGCUUUAAAACCCCAAAAUUAUUUUUUGUUUAUUAAAAAAAUAUUCAGUAAAAUUGAAAUUUUAUGUACUUUAUAUAUUUUUAUUAAAGAAAUUCUAUAGGAUAGUUUUUUUGGUUUAUUUUCACAAAAUUAGUUUUCAAAGAGGAAAAUAACAAAACAUUAUUAAAGGGUAAAUAUACACUUAUACCCUAUGGUUAAUUGAUAUAGACUUAAGGUUUAGAGUUGAUAGGUGAGUUUUGAGGGUGGAAUUUCGACUUUAAAAAGAUUAAAAAAAAAUAAAAAUUUCAAAACAAAAAAAAUCUAUUUUAAUCGUUUUAGAGCUAUUUUGGUGACAAAAACUUAAAAGAAAUAUUUGAGAAAAUUAUUUUUAUUAUUAUAUAAUGUGCAUAUAUUAUUAUAUCAUCAACAUAUGCAAAUAUUAUUAGUAUAUACAAUUUUAGUGGAUAAUACUUUGAAUGAAAAUUUGUUACCAAAUUCUGAGGAAGAUAACUUUUAAAAGCCGACCCAAACCUGUAUUUAAUUGAUGCCAAAUUUCCAAUGAAAAUAUGCCACUAAAUUCAUUAUAUAAUUUUUUUAUAUGAGGCAUUUUUAUUACCUUUGAAUAUAUGUUAAAUACAUUAAUAUUUGUGAAGUAUUAUUACACGUGAAUCCUUGAAUCAUCGUAAAACAGAUAGCGUUGUUAA